AUAAACUGGAGUAGUAGCCAAUAACUUUCCAAAAAAAUAAAUAUUUGUCUACUCAUAAAAAUCGGGAAUCUAAAAUGUUGGGUUUCCCUGACUUUUGUCAGCUGUCCAAAACAUAUAAAAAUCCACCCAAAUUCUUCCUCUUCCAGCAGAAACGUUUAUUCUCUUCCUUCUUUUAAGACUCCUUUCAAACUUUUCUUUCGAACUCGUCAAUUAUUGUCCUCUCUAAUCAAACGUUCUCUCUUUCUUUUCUUUCUUUCUGCGUAAUAAUAGUAAUGGCAAAGAAAAGAGAAGAAAGAGAGAUGGUUAUGUUCUUGGAUGGGAUAAUAGACUCCAUGCCUGUUUUUGCAAAGGAGCUGAUUGCUGGUGGUGUUGCUGGUGGCUUUGCAAAGACUGUUGUUGCUCCUCUUGAGCGUGUCAAGAUUUUGUUUCAGACCAGAAGAGAUGAAUUCAAGGCUAUAGGUCUACUUGGAUCCAUUAGAAAAAUUGCAAAGACAGAAGGCAUUAUGGGUUUCUAUAGAGGCAAUGGAGCCAGUGUUGCUCGAAUUGUUCCCUAUGCAGCCUUGCAUUAUAUGACUUAUGAGCAAUAUCGUAGAUGGAUCAUUCUUAGUUAUCCUGAUAUUGGGAGGGGUCCUGUACUUGAUUUAGUGGCAGGAUCAUUUGCUGGAGGAACGGCUGUGCUUUUUACUUACCCUCUUGAUUUAGUUCGAACUAAAUUGGCUUACCAGGUUGUCAAUUCUUCAAAAAUGAGUAUGCCUGCAGUUGUUAAUACUGAACAGGCUUAUAGAGGAAUCUCUGAUUGUUUCUCAAAGACCUUCAAAGAAUCUGGAUUUAGAGGUCUCUAUCGUGGUGUGGCUCCAUCGCUUUAUGGAAUCUUCCCUUAUGCUGGUUUGAAGUUUUACUUCUAUGAGGAGAUGAAACGCCAUGUUCCUGAGGAGCACAAAAAAGAUAUUAUGGUCAAACUGGUAUGCGGAUCGGUUGCUGGUCUGUUAGGUCAGACCUUCACAUACCCUCUCGAUGUUGUGAGAAGGCAAAUGCAGGUCCAAAGGCUUGCAGCUUCCAGUUCUCCAGAGCUGAGAGGAACAUUUGAAACCCUUGUUAUGAUCGCUCAAAAGCAAGGGUGGAAGCAAUUAUUUUCAGGGCUAAGCAUCAACUACUUGAAGGUUGUACCAUCUGUGGCAAUUGGUUUUACAGUUUAUGACCUGAUGAAAUCAUGCCUGAGAGUUCCAUCUCGAGAUGUGGUAGAAGUAGUGACAGAUAAAAGAAAUAGUCAACCGUCCCUUCACUCUUGAGAUAUGUAAUUACCUAUUCUUGACCCCAUUAAAUAUUCAUGCAAAAAGUAAUUAGGUUUCUCAUUCAAUUCUUUCAAGCUGUACAACGCUACCUGCAGAGGUUAUCCCCACUCCACCUUGGUAACUAUGUACAAAAUCUAGCUUCACAGACGAUAUGGAAGAAAACUUUAUUGAUUUACCGGAAUUAGUUUCUCCAUAAGUAUGCGAUUUUGUUUCAUUUAAGAACAAGCCCACAUACGUUUUAUAUAUACGGAAGUUUUAACAUCAA